ACUGUCAAAAGUUUUCAAAACUAUUUUUCUGUGAUUUUUUCACUUUCUUUCUUCGGUGGAUUGGCGGUAUUGCUAAAAGUUUUAUCCCAAUUAAUCUACUAUUUUUCAACGGCCUUAUUGUAAAAGUGCUUCGAUAGAUUUGUUCUUGCAAAUGAUAAAAUGGCAGUACCAAGCACCGAUUGGCAGUUAGGAUGCAUGCAACUGAAGCAACGGGGAGCCCACCUCUUGCAGACCGGCCAGUGGGCCGACUGUGUGUUCAUGGUGGGCGCUCCACCUCGUCAGGUCACUGUCACCGCUCACAAACUGAUCCUGGCCAGCGCUUCGCCGGUCUUCGAAGCGAUGUUCUUCGGUGGCAUGGCGGAGCGUGACGGGCCCAUACCCAUAUUAGAUGUUCAUCCGGACGCCUUCAAAGCCUUGCUACAAUAUAUUUACACGGACAAAGCAGAGCUGGGCUCGUUCGAGAUGGCAUGCUCAAUAUAUUAUGGAGCCAAGAAGUACAUGCUGCCGUAUCUAGAGAAGGAAUGCACAUGGUUUAUUUCUCUCAACCUGCGUCCGAAGAAUGUGUGUCGAGCUUACGAGCUGGGGCAGCUGUUUGAUGAGAGCUUGUUGAUGGAGAAGUGUCUCAAGGUAAUGGAAAAUCAAACCAAAGAAGUUGUAAACGCUGCGAGCUUCCUGGACGCGGACUUGUCAACAAUAAACAAGAUACUGUCCCUCGAAAGCCUGAACAUCGAGAGUGAGCUGGACCUCUUCCGGGCCUUAGAGAAGUACGCUAAAGUCCACAUGAAGGGGAACUUCUACAAAAGACCCUCGUUGAGCUUUAGUGACUCCAUCAGAAGUAGUCCCCCUAAAAAGAUUAAAAUGGAUAACAGUGAUGCUGAGAAGACACAGAACAUAACAAAUUUUGUAGAACAAAUAGACAAACCAAUGGGACUUCCUGUAAAGUCUGAAACCGUGAAAGAUGUGCCCAACAGUGAAACAGGGGAGGUGUCCAUCAAAAUGUCCGAGUCUUACUGUGAAAAGCAGACCAGUUUGGACACUUAUAACGAUGAAAGUAUGAACAGUUCACAAGAGAACUUAGAGCUGUCGUCGCUCCGGAGCGCGAUCGGCAAAGUUCGCUUCCUGACGAUGUCGCCGGCGGCAUUCGCGGCCGGGCCCGCGCGCUCGCCGCUGCUCAGCGAGCCUCAGUGUUUCGCGCUGCUCAUGCACAUCGUAUCUACGGACUCAGACGUGCCCAUGCCUGAGGGAUUCUCGACUAGCAGGGUGGCGAGGAACCAGCAAAACCUGAUGCCCGAGGAGUCGUCGUCGAAGUCGGAGGCGGUGUUCCGGUUCACGGUGCUCAACUUCAGAAAUUGUUUACUAUUUCUGUAA